GUCAUAUGGACAGGAAUACGUACAGCGGAAGUGUUUGUGUGGUCAUUCUUUUUGUUUGAUAUACAUGUAUUUAUGUGUACACGGUUCAAUAUUAUACUAGGACACUAGAUGAUGUCGACAGUGUGGACAAAAUAUAAUCGAAUUACUGAGGGGACAUCAUAUCCUCAGCAUCGACUUUCGACCCCAUCUUAAUGCAAGAAGAGAGGAAGAGUUUGUAACAUGGAGGAAUACACAAAGCUUGGAGUGAUGGACUUUGGUCAGUCUAUUGGUUCACCUAAUGAGUAUAAAAACGACUUGGAUCUGCUGGUCUCCUCCUCUCUGGAAUCCGGAUAUGGAAGUCCGCAACAAUCAGCAUCGUCUAAAAGCUCGUCGUUCGACAAUUCAAGCGAGUUUGAUUCAUUAUCGUCAGAGGAACAGUCUUUAACAACAGAGAACAAUCAUGAUGACAGUUCCUCCCAGGAGGAAGACGUCAUAGCGAACAAUAUUGAACGCGGUGAUUGCUUCAACGACCUAUUGCAACCGAAGCCAAGUAAAUGUGUCAAUGACAUUUGCAGUACAGAAAAAAUGAACUCUGCUGGAUGCAGCAAUGGACCGUGUGAUUACCUGCCUACUCAAAAAUAUCCCAUCGACCACAUUGAAAAAAUACCAAUUCAGGAGGAAUUUAGAAGCGAAAUAACAACUUUCUGUCACAAAAUACCCAGAACGGAGAGUUUGGAUAUCGUUGAGGAAACGGCAAUUUCAAUAGAUAUGGAAACCAAUCUGCCUAACGGUUUCGACCAUUUCGACAGUCCCCACCCUAAAGUGCCUAUUCAAAUCGUUUCCCAAGAAACACACGACACGACAAAGAUUCGAUGUACCUGCAAGACACAUCCAACAUUGCAAAGAUCAGAAGUAAAGCGUAGGGGUAUGGAUACAGAAUGGCUUUGUCUCGAGACCCGCCUGCAUGGUCACUUCAUAUCAGAUUGUUCACAGGAAAUUCAACAACGACUUAAGCUUAAGAAUGGGGAUCGCCUGAUGAGCGUCAAUGAGGAGGAUGUACACAAUCUAAGUCAUCAUGUCAUAGUUCAAAAGACUAACGACGUAAUACACAUGGAAACCAAGGAAACCAAACAAACACUGGUUAUAGAGAGACACAGACAUAGAGAAGAUGAUGGAGAAUGUUUUGACUUUUACAGAAUCGAAAUUCAACUUGAAUUUCUAGAAGAAGAUGGUGGAAACACUUUGGUAGAUGUCACUUCUAGGUUGCUGAUAAAACUAGUCCGGAGCUUCAGUGUGAUAUAUAAUCUGGAAUGUGAUGGAAAGCGAAAGUGCUGGAUAUCUCACUAUACCAACAGAACUGAUAAAUAUUUGUGUCCGGGGAACGAAAAUCCAGAUACACUAGUUCUAGGGCACUUACCAAGCAACGAAGAUCCGAAAUUUCAAUUUUCCUGGUGUCAAUAUCAUGGUUUUCGAAAGGACGGAAAUGAAAAUGUUGAGCUGUUUUUACUUACCUUAACGUCCAAAGACACAGAUGGAUUUAUAUGUGUGGGAACAAAAGGCAACGUCAGAUUAAAGAGAUAUGAAUAUGAACCUGAAAAGAUGACGUCUAUAGCAAACCCACUUCCAUAUCUAUUCAUCUGUCAGAUGUACAAAGACGGUUCGUACAAUCUCGAAUCGCUCAAUCAUGAAGGUUGGUUUCUGCGAUGGAAUGAAGAUGAGAAUAAAAUGGACAUCCAACAAAGGGAUAAAAAGAAAAACCAACCCGACUUUUUGUUCCACAUUUACACAGACCCGUCUAGAGUCAGACCAUCGGUACCUCACUGAUAAAACGGAAGUUAAAAUACAGUUCUUUCUGCACCGAUAACCAUAGUUCACCUGUCAAUGGAAUAAAGUGACUGACAGUCAAAAUUCUACGGAAACCCAUUCUGCCUCGGCAUAAAGUCUCAGCAAAGAUGCUCCCAAUUCAUACUACACAGGUGCGUAUACUGGAGCAAUCAGAUGUUUGCAGAAUAUAACAACUGUACGGUAAAACCGGAAGUAAUGUUCGUUUAAUUUGUCACUUAGUUUACCGUUAACGUAUUUUAAAGUCCAAUCUCCUUUACAUAUAUCUGCUUCAGUUAUCGCCACAACGUUUAAAACACAAAACAUUUUGAUUAAAUUAUUAGUGAAAGUAUCGAAUUGUUUACUGAAUAAACUUCUACCAAAACAUUCCCAACGUCCGAUCUCUCAGUCAGCACGGUUCGAACAUGCGACCUCUCUGCCAGCGCGGUUCGAACGUACGAUCUCUCAGUCAGCACGGUUCGAACGUACGAUCUCUCAGUCAGCUCGGUGCGAACGUACGAUCUCUCAGCUAGCAUGAUGUUUCACUAUCAAAAAUGCUAUAUUUCUCUUCCGUGGUUGAUGAGCUUGCAUAAUAGUAUUUUAAGAUAUUGAUUGUUUACUUGAAUCAUAAAUUUAAAUUUCAUUUUGGCGCAUUUUUGUCGUAAACCAUACCCAUCUUUCUUACUUUGAUUUAUGCAUCUAGUUUAUUUUUCGCAAUGUUAUGCAAGAGAGCACAUUUCUAAUGUAUUAGACAGGUACAAGUUGAGUGAUCUCCAUUGGAAAUACACAUGUUUAACGUCAAAAUACUAAUAAAAUAAUUCCUAGGUAUUUAUUAGUCAUGCUGAACAGAUCAGUGCAACUGAGAAUAUAUAUUUCUCAGCAAAGGACAUAAAUUUGAAGGAUGCUCAAAAUGUGGACAUACCCAUUAAUGUGAAACAUCGGAGUUGAAUAAUAAUGGCAUUAUAUAGACAAAUUACUAAAACAGGCGGAUGGGGGGGGGGAUAUUAACAUGCACAGGCCAUAGUUAUAUUAUAUAGCCUCUUGGAAAGAGGGUUUUCGCUCGUAGCAAUAGUUGGUUAUUCAAAGUAGUCAAAAAUGUCAUAAUUUAAUGUUUAAUGGAAAAUUCUUGUCUCAAAUAUAGUUAAGGGCGAUGUUUAAAUAGAUUAUUAUCAACCGUUUAAUUUGAAUUGAAAAUAUCUGUUGUAGGUAAUAUUUUCUUAAUCAGAUUAUAAUUUUUCACUUUCAACUUGUAGCAGUCAAUUGUGUGUUGCUAAAAUAUUCUCGAAAAUAAUAAUGCGCUAUUAUUCUUCAGAAAUACUGACUAGGAUGUGCUUAAAAACAUAACGUUGAGAUUCACAAUGUUCACUAUCAUGCCGGUUGAUGUUCUGAUAUUUGACGUCAUUUCAAUAUAUGUGACGUCAUUAAACGCAGCUAUAUACUUUUCCUGUUCUUUCUUGAGAUGUUGUAUUGGUAAUCUGUAUGUAACUCAACUAAUUAAUUAUACAUUCCUUAUGCCGUUAUCAAUUUAAUUUACAUAUCGGGUAAAAUAAAGGAAUAAAAGGGUCUGUCAAUAGAUAUGAAAAUACCCAUUUUGGGUUUAGAAGUUUGAUGAAAACAACAGGCUAGCCUUGGUUCUGACCAAUUUCUAUAUUUUUGGGUAGUUAGUGUUAGGUACCUUGGUAAGCCUCCGUUAUAUCUUAUUUCUACAACUUUGGGUAGAGUUUCCUUAUUCCGCUUAUCUACACAUAAAAGACUCUUUUAAAAUAGUUUUGAGGAUAAAAACAUAAAUCUGUAAUCUGUAAUUAACAUUUACAAGAAUAUUAAUAUUAUUUUUAGUAUGUUUGUGAUCCCGAUGUUGCUAUUGUGUACCAAUACACAUAUGUUUUCAAAGGUAAUGAUGCAACCGACAUGGCAGGUUACAUUUAUUGUGAAAUACAUAGAUUUUUUUAUUUUUAUUUAAAUUAUUAUAUUUUUAUUAUAUGCAAUCUUGUUUUUGUAACAUUCAGUACAGUGAAACCUCGAUAUAAUGCAACCUCACUUAGCACCAACACAUGUUAAUUUAACACUUUUCAUACUUUUCUGAACAAUUGUAUUUUGUUUCUCUUCGACCUGUCAUCUGACCCUCAACUUAUAUCGAGGUUUCACAGUAUUAAGUUGUAUAUGUAUCUAGAGGUUUUCCAACAAUCAUGGUCAUCAUGUUUAUCUAACUCGAGUGAGUUAUUUUUCAAAUUGCAUGAAGACACUAAGUUUACAGAGUGUCUUUUACAAUUAGAAAAUUAACCUUCUCGAGUUAGAUAAACAUGAUAACCAGCAACCGCAGGUUUGGGGACUUUCUUCUCCCACAACAUUUAGAUAUGUCUGCAAAACCAGAUAUUUCGCUCAGGAAUUACAUUAUUCCUCUUUUUGAUCGUGGAAACCAUUGCCGUGAACUGUGUCAUCACAAUGGAUAAAGCUUUGCAAAGAUCGUUACUUGAAAUAAUAACUAGAUGAUUGACCAAUGACAUUACAUCCACUAGUGGGUAACCAAAAUAUUUUACCAACUCCUAGCAAGUUUUCCCAUGAGUUGGGAGUGCGGAAACCUGUAAUGCAUGUGGGCUAACACCAUUUUCGAAACCUCAUAUUUUACAAAACUUUAGUAAAUUAAUGUAAAUGUGUCUAGCUUGUUCAGUUAGAUGAGAUACCCAAUCGUAGUAAUUGCGCCAUCAUGAUCAAUCAAGAUAUUUUAUGUAGAGAUUUAGUAUACUACACAUUUGUGUAUCACAUAACUGAACCAUUUUACUAUGCCAUACGGCCAUGUCAUAAAUACGGUAUUACACAUGUGUCACAAAACCUAAAGGUGCUGCGACUGGUCAAAACCGUGGGAACAUAUUUCUACGCCACUAAAAAAAUUUUGAACUUGUUUAACUUGGUUUUUUUCUGAUAAAAAUUAGAUAAAUUACAAAUGUCUAUUUUUCAUUAUUAUUUUCAUUGCAUUUAAAACAGUUCGUUAUUCAAAAAUAUAACCUGGAAUUACUUUGCACCUAACGUCUCGUGUGAUAUGAAAUUUGACAUUGACACUCUAUGUAAGAUCCUUUAUUUAUGCCAUGACCUGCGUUUUACAUUUUGUCUGCUGCUAUGUUUGUAUUUUUAUUUGUUUUAAAUAACUCAUGAUAUUGUAAAAUAUUAUCAUUUUCAUGUUUUAAGUGUAAUUUCUAGAACUGGAAAAUAACAUUUGAAGCUUCAUUAGGAAUGAUAUAACCAUUUGAAUGUUUGUUUACUGUCUCUGUUGAUUGUUUUUUAUUAUUUUAUUGAAAUAACUUUUAACGUGCAUGUAUAUUAUGAAUAUUUGUAGGAUCUCUUUUGUUUUUGACGUGUUAAUGAUUAAAAGCAUAAAUAAAAAUGAUAUUUUAAUGU